AUGUGCAUCGCACGCGGGCCUGUGAAUAGACUCGGCAGCAUUGCGGGAGGUCAUAGCGGCUCACCGCCAGCGGCUAUAGACAGUGACUGGCAGAGAAGGCGCCUUUGAACAUGUCCUUGACUGCCCGAGCUGUUGCCGAUGCAUGGAACGGGACGUUGCUGUUGCACUGCGCUGUUACCGGGCCUAUGGUCAGACCGCCUCGUUGCAGAACCUGUUGUCGUCCAUCGCGAAAAACCUGUUGCUCCAUUGCACAACCUAUUGCCUUUCAUCGCGAGGGCAUUGAUUCGACCGUCGAUGGCGCGACCAACUGCGUCUCCGAAGCCUCAAACAUCUCCAUCUCGCAUUCGUGCAAUCUAGAGACCAGGGUAUGUCAGUGUCGUGUCACCUCAACUCGUAUCGGAGCAUCUCUUGAGCCUCGAGUUGAUGCUGUCAGAAGCACAGCAUUGACAAGGAGAGUAGAGAUGACCAUGAAGGAAGAACAACAACGAAGGUGCAAGAUGACCAAGACUGAAUGAGGCCCGUUAAGGCCGUGAGUUUGUAAAGCGGCAGUGAGGGAUGACGAUGCACGUCAAUUGACCUCAAACAGGAAGUACGAACAAGAGAAACAGCC